UACUUUCCUUCAAUUGAAACCCUUCGUCCACGACUGUAUGCUCUUAACUUCCCAGCUCUGCUGGCGCUUCGCAUUACUCCUACGCCGUCUUCCUCCUCCGCCGUCCGCUCUGCAUUUUAGAACCUUUCUACUCCGCCACUGCUCUUCAUUGCACUCGCCGCCCCUGCCAAUGGGCACAGCCUCGAAUGAUUCUGGCCCCUCCGUCCCCAAAGACGAAGCUUAUCUCGCAACAGUUAUCAACAAACGCAUCGACCUCUUCAAAUCCAUCCAAGACCGGGAAAAACUCCAGCGCCUCUCCCUGUCCCCUGACCCCAUCAGGAUUGUGUUACCUGAUGGGUCAGUGAAGGAGGGGAAGAAGUGGAAUACUACCCCGUUUGAUGUGGCGAAGGAAAUUUCCAAGAGCUUGGCAUCUAAUGCGUUGAUUGCUAAGGUGGACGGGGCUCUAUGGGAUAUGCAUAGGCCAUUAGAGGGGGACUGUGAGCUGAAGCUGUUUACAUUUGAUAGCGAUGAGGGGCGAGAUACCUUUUGGCAUUCAAGCGCCCACAUCCUUGGCCAGUCACUAGAGCAGACAUAUGGAUGCAGAUUGUGCAUUGGGCCAUGUACCACAAGAGGGGAGGGUUUCUAUUACGAUGCUUUUUAUGGUGACUUGGGAUUGAAUGAGGAUCAUUUUAAAAGGAUUGACGAUGGGGCUAAGAAGGCUGUAUUGGUAUCUCUCUUUUCUACCUAAAAUUGUAUACUUUGGUAAAAUCUGUGUUCUAUUUUGUGCUUGUGAACAGUGUGCCUGUUUUUCUUUUCCAUCUUUUAACAUGUUAUUGUUAUUUCAAUUUGUAGGAUUCUUUAUUACUGAUUUUUGUGCUGAU